AUGAUGGCCAUGAACGCCAAGCAGCCUUUCGGCAUGCACCCGGUGCUUCAAGAACCCAAAUUCUCCAGCCUGCACUCCGGCUCCGAGGCCAUGCGCCGAGUAUGUCUCCCAGCCCCGCAGCUGCAGGGUAAUAUAUUUGGAAGCUUUGAUGAGAGCCUGCUGGCACGCGCCGAAGCUCUGGCGGCGGUGGAUAUCGUCUCCCACGGCAAGAACCAUCCGUUCAAGCCCGACGCCACCUACCAUACCAUGAGCAGCGUGCCCUGCACGUCCACUUCGUCCACCGUGCCCAUCUCCCACCCGGCCGCGCUCACCUCGCACCCGCACCACGCCGUGCACCAGGGCCUCGAGGGCGACCUGCUAGAGCACAUCUCGCCCACGCUGAGCGUGAGCGGCUUGGGUGCCCCCGAGCACUCGGUGAUGCCGGCGCAGAUCCACCCGCACCACCUGGGCGCCAUGGGCCAUCUGCACCAGGCCAUGGGCAUGAGCCACCCACAUGCCGUGGCUCCUCACAGCGCCAUGCCUGCAUGCCUCAGCGACGUGGAGUCGGACCCGCGAGAGCUUGAGGCCUUUGCCGAGCGCUUCAAGCAGCGGCGCAUCAAGUUGGGGGUGACCCAGGCGGACGUGGGCGCGGCUCUAGCCAACCUCAAGAUCCCCGGCGUCGGCUCGCUCAGCCAGAGCACCAUCUGCAGGUUCGAGUCUCUCACUCUAUCUCACAACAACAUGAUUGCACUCAAGCCAGUGCUCCAAGCUUGGCUGGAAGAAGCCGAGGCCGCCUACCGAGAGAAAAACAGCAAGCCGGAGCUCUUCAACGGCAGUGAACGGAAACGCAAACGCACGUCCAUCGCGGCACCAGAGAAGCGCUCGCUAGAGGCCUACUUCGCUAUCCAGCCGCGGCCCUCAUCUGAGAAGAUCGCAGCCAUUGCUGAGAAACUGGACCUUAAAAAGAACGUGGUGAGGGUCUGGUUCUGCAACCAGAGACAGAAACAGAAACGAAUGAAAUACUCGGCUGUCCACUGA